AGUGACUUCUUCUGACUUGAGCCUACAGAGUGCUUUGAGAAAUCUGCUCCCAGAUUAUCUCGGCUUGGUCUCUGGGAACCACCCACUAGUGACCGUCAUAAAGGCCACAGAGCUGCCGGCGAUAAAAUCUGUCGUGAUACUGUGGAAGGCUGUGUGAUCUCAGGCGCUGCCUGACUGUAUACUCUGCUGGUUCUUCCAUCAGUGCUUGUCUGUUCUCCGCUCGGUCCGCCUGGCCAGCGUCAUCCAGAGUUCUGUGAAUCUGAACUCUCGCUGCCAGGAUGGGGAAACAGAACAGCAAGCUCCGCCCAGAGGUCAUGCAGGAUUUGCUGGAGAGCACAGACUUUACGGAGCACGAGAUCCAGGAAUGGUAUAAAGGCUUCUUGAGAGACUGCCCCAGUGGACAUUUGUCGAUGGAAGAGUUUAAGAAAAUUUACGGGAACUUUUUCCCUUAUGGGGAUGCUUCCAAAUUUGCAGAGCAUGUGUUCCGCACCUUCGAUGCCAACGGAGAUGGGACAAUAGACUUUAGAGAAUUCAUCAUAGCCCUGAGUGUGACCUCAAGGGGGAAGCUGGAACAGAAGCUGAAAUGGGCCUUCAGCAUGUACGACCUGGACGGAAACGGCUACAUCAGCAAGGCAGAAAUGCUAGAGAUAGUGCAGGCAAUCUAUAAGAUGGUUUCCUCCGUAAUGAAAAUGCCUGAAGACGAGUCAACUCCAGAGAAAAGGACAGAAAAGAUCUUCCGCCAGAUGGACACCAAUAGAGAUGGAAAGCUGUCCCUGGAGGAAUUCAUCCGAGGGGCCAAGAGCGACCCGUCCAUAGUGCGCCUCCUGCAGUGUGACCCCAGCAGCGCCGGCCAGUUCUGAGCCCCGCACCCUACGGAUCGUAGAGCUGCUUGUGUUCCCUUUUGACCUUUCUUUUUAACAAGUUUUUGUUUUUUGGGUUUUUUUUGCCAAACAAUAUUGAUGGUGAUGCUGCCCCCCCGCCCCCCUCCCCGCCGUGAGGUCAGAUGCACCUUCCUCCGUGACGCCUUCCGCUUCCUUUGUUGUGGGGAAUGCCCGGAGCCCCAGACGCUUGUGGCGAGCAUGGACAGUGCUGUCUUGCACAGACCUUGUGGUGUUCGUUGUCCUAUGAUUUUUCAUUGCUCUUAUUAUUGUUUUGCUUCUGAUUCCAAUGUCUCUGUUCUGAAACCGAAGACUCGGGAGGCAAGAGAAGGGAAAACAGUUCAGUCCAGGGAUUCAGUCGCAAGCUUCUAGGGGCUUGUUGGAAAAACAACUCCCCACCUGGGUCUGGAGUCGCGUGUGCCCUCGGGGUGAUGGGCCAGAUGCUGGGUUCCCCAAGGACAAGGAGCCCUCUGGGGGCCAGGCUAUAAAAGGGCCGUGGAGGCUUCCCCUCCACCCUCUUCCCCAGCAGGCUGUGGUAGUGUCUAAGCUGUGAACAUGUCCAAGUGAAUUCCUAGAGAAGAGGAAAAUGAUGGCUCAGCUGUUUUCUCACGCGUUUACACCAGCUGAGCUAAGACGAGUUUCUUUGGAAAUUAAACACAAAUGGUAACUUAUAUAACAAGACCAGACCCAUCUUGUUGCCUAUUGUGAUUAAAACAAAGGACUGUUGUACAUAAACUAUUGGGUAUUACAGACCAAAUUAAAUGUUUUGCCUUGUUUAAAUGAAAUGCAUGUUUAGUGAGCACUAAUACAAUCUUAUUACAGAAGACUGUUUUUAGUAGCUUAAUGUGAAGUAAGCCAACUAUAAUGAAUGUCUAUGUCUUGUUUUAAAGUCAUAUCUGUCUUUGCACAAGUGCACCAAUCAACAGGUAUAUUUUAUAUAUUCCAGAGAAGUACAAAGUCACCAUGACUAGGGCCCAACCUUAAUUUCGAGUGCAUUUCCAGACUGGUUGUGCCUGGAGAGUAGAAUGGGGCAGGUUUAAGCGAGACACAUCAGUGGGAGCACCAGAAGGUUAAUAUUUAUGAGAGAUGUGAGGUGAUGAUUAACUCAACUCAGCCCAGCAUAUCAGUGGUAUUAGAUUGGAGGUGUGGUGCUUUUCUGAAUAGAUCAGACCAAAUCCCUCCUUACACCUGAAAAAAAAUACCAUAAAUUCUUGGGAUUUUCUGGUGGUUUAGUCCACAUGGAUGAUUAGAAAGCUGUAUCUGGAAUACCGACCAUUUCAUGCCCCCAGUGGCCCUUCAGAUAGUCAGAGGUUGGGCAGAGGCUGAUUCAUCAUGAAAAGGCAUGGGCCAGUGCCUCUGUGAUUUCCAGGGCCUGCUGUGGGGAAUCCGAAAGUAUUUCCCAUCACCAUGUUCUUUGAACGCAGAUUUCUAUUUUGAGAAGUGACAGUGCAAAUUUGCAUCGCUGUUUGGCCUGGCGACCUCACACACACUAAUUCGAAUUGAAAGGAGUAAAAAUUGCUGAUCACAGGUAAGUCUGUCUUAUCUUCCCAAGCAGUAAGCAUGGGGAAGUCCAAACCCUCAAGGACAUAGAUGGUAGACCCUGCCCUAGGAGGAGGAGGAGAGGUCCCUAGUGGGUCCGUCUGCAUCCCAACCUACUUGCUGUUGACCAUGACCCACAGAAAGACAGACAUAACCAUGAGGAAGAUGAUGCUGAGUCCAUUCGAACCCUAGAUUCCUCUGUGUUACUUGAGUCCAUUUUCACUGGUAGCAAAAAUCCGAAUUUGUAUGGUUGGCCAAAAUGAACCAACUUUGCAGGAUGAAAUUUGGAGGCCUGGACUUGGUAAAAUAAUCUUUCAUCUUCCUCUAAGUGUCAGCUCCUCUCGGUGGAUCUAUUCUGAGAAUGGCCAAAUGGUACAAGCCAAGUGGUAAGAUCUGGGUCUGAAACUAGGCAGUUAACCUAAGAGGUGAAGGGCAGAGGUGGGGAGGGACCUAGCACCUCUGCUGUUCAUAUUCAGGAGGUGCCUUUUCCCCCACCCACCGCAGCCCUUCCUGCUCUGGACUGAAGACCAAAUCCCUCCCUUUCAGUUCUCCUUAGGGGUGGCGUCAAUGUUUGGGCAAGUCUCCCUGGGCUCUGCCCUCAGUCAUCUUGUUGAGCCAGACUCACCAGUUCCCUAGAACUGAGAGCUGUAGUGAAGAGCAGGGGAGUGCAGCUCCAGCUGCUCAGGAGAGAAAACAGCCAGACGCAUGGCUGAUGAAUGCCGACGCACCGAAGUAGUCCUCAUCCUGGCCUGCCAUUGACCCUGUCUGUAUUUUCUCGACGGUUGUUUUUCUCCUAUUCCUUCCCAGGAAGGGCUUUGUCCAAUGCAACGCACUUAAAUUUGGCCAAGGGACUCUGCAGCACCCUGAAGGUUGAAUGCCUAAAAGUUUAUGUCACUCCUUUGCUGGGCUGUUCAUUGUCAUUGCUGUGUUGAGGGACCUCUGGAAAUGGUCUGUUCUGUCUAAAAUCAAGCCAGUCUGUGAUGUUCAAGGGACUGGAAUAAAGUGGCUUAUGACUUGAAGGAUGAUA